UGUUCGGGGACGUCCUUGGGAAAAUUUUCAAACAAGCAAACCAUCUAGUGUGCGACGAAGAAAAGUAGGGUACGAACGUCGCGCCUACUUUGUGCGAGUGGCACCUCGCGGACAGCAUUUUAUUUAGAAAAUAGUAAACAUCUUCUAGCUUUAUUUUGUUAUUUUCCUGGUGAUGUUGGCGAAUGCGAUGUAAAAGCGCACGCAAACCUCAAAGAGUGCACCAUUCUUGGAUGUAAACGCGCAGUAUUUCAAUAAAGCAAGUGCCAUUGAGGAUUUGUAGUGAACGAGCAUUUAAGGUGCUAUCAAAUUGCUAUAGUAAGGUGAAAAAAACAUCCGCGAGCUGAGAAGGACAUCUUGCAGGUUUAGUGACAUUGAAUAGUGAUUAUUUUUGUGAGUGUCACGCCCCUUGAACGAAACCAAAGAAAACAAACAGCGAGGAAAAAUCAAAGUUUUCAAUCAACUCCAAAGGAAAAGUCAGUAUCGCGGAGAUCUACGAAAACAGCAUCCAUUCCUCAACAUACAUCGAUUUUGAGGCAUUACGUAAAAGCAUAGAGCAACGACAAAAGGAAGAUCGACAACAGAGAAGAGCAUCUCCUGUGCACCAAGACGACGCAAAGACCACCACACAAAUAGCCAGCACGUCGCGACGUCGCGUCGCACGCGAAUUUCUUCCCGCUGCUGUCCGGGUGCUGUGUGGAAAGGGCAGAAGCGUAUACCUAUAGCAGCUGUAAAUCAACCCGCUUCAUCGCUGUUGCCCACUUGAAUGCGAAUGGGUGUUGGUGUGUGCAAAAUAAAAAUUUCAAUCUAGAGACGAGAAUAGAGCGAGAGCACGCGGUGGUCACUGACGACGACAACGACGACGACAAUGACGGCAAAAACGGCAUCAGUAGUAUUGCGACUUGGGCUCAGUGCGCAGCUAUCCGCGGCGGCAGGACCCUUCCGGAUUGUGAUUGAAAGCGGCGGAAGCGGCGGCACAUUGCGACCCGUCCUGUUGGAAGGUACUAGGUUACGUGGUCUUCUUGGAGAUAAGCUCCGGCGGUUACAGCAACUCCAGUGCAUCCGACACUACUCCCGAUAUUCGGCCAACAGAAUCAUGACCGGCUCGGAUACCUUCCGGUUCUCCGACUAUGACUGCAUCGGGUUCGAUUUAGAUAACACUUUGCUGCGUUAUCAGAUCGGAAAUAUGAUAGAGCUCGAGUAUCGCGUCAUGUCCAAGUUUCUUGUGGAAGAAAGAGGCUACUCGGAGAAAUAUCUGUUGCAGCCACCGGAUCUGGAUUUUCUGCAGAAGGGACUGAUCAUUGAUUUCCAGCGCGGGAAUAUCCUGAAGCUUGGCCCUGAUGGAACGAUCCACCAGGCUACCCACGGAACCAAGAAGAUGGCCGAAGCAGAGAUAAUGGCCUACUAUGGGGACGAGAAAAAGUGGGAAGUUACGACGGAGUACUGUGAGAACAUGCUGGUCGCCUGGAAUGGUCCCCUGUCGGAGAAGAUCCGAACGGUGUUGGAUUACUUCGAUAUCUGCUCAACGUUGCUGUUCGGUCGGAUAAUCGACACCCUGGACGAGGAGGCGCACGAAAGAAUUGGCCAUUACAACGUAUGGCCGGACAUUCUGGACGCCCUGAUCCACAUGUACUCCCGAGACCACUUUGACCAGGGUGUCGGAGGCUACUUCCAAGCCCUGAAGCAAAACCCGGAGAAAUACCUCCUGAGGUCGUCCCCCAAGUUGGUCUCGUGGCUUCGAGAGUUGAAAAAGUCCCGCACAACCUUCCUCGUGACGGGGUCGCAUGUAGACUUCGCUAAUUUUACCGCGUCGUACGCACUGGGCCCAGAUUGGCGCGAACUGUUCGAUGUCGUCGUAGGCUUUGCCAAGAAGCCCGGAUUCUUCACCGGUGCCAAGCCGUUCGUUCGGUUAGAGGGAGCGGUUGAGACGGAGCCCCUGGAGGCUUCCCAGCUAGAACGAAAUCAAAUUUACUCGCAGGGCAAUUGGCGGGAUCUGAGCCUGCUGCUGGAACGAGUCUCCCGCAAGGACCACCCGCGCUUCCUGUACGUGGGAGAUAAUCUCAUCCAGGACGUGUACACGCCGGCCAAGUUCACUAAAGCGGACACGGUCGCCAUUGCGGAAGAAAUGGCCGCCGAAGGGAUGAAGGAUCAUCCGCACCAUUUGCACCCGGAUGCCCCCUAUCUGCAGUCGCAGUUUUGGGGAUCGUACUUUGUGACCGGGUCCAGUCCGCAGCAGCAGGAGGAACCCUCGCUGUGGGCAGACCUCAUCAAACGGUACGCUAAGAUUUGCGUACCGAGCAUGGAUGAGGUGGCGCGAUACCCGAUGGACCACAGCUACAAUAGUUUUACCGAGAGUGAAAGCUGUGCCGAUGGAUACUAUCCGGCGGAACCGAUGAAGCUAGUCAACUAGGAUCCGGAUAAAUAAUUAAGCAAAACGCGACCCAAAACAGCGCCAAGUGAUGCACAAAACCGUACAGACCGUAAUGCCGCUGAUAGUAUACGCGCAAAAAAUCAAAAGUGCGCUCCCCUUUCCACUUAGUUGGCCAAACCGAAUUACAUUCAUCUCAUUAGAUUGGCAAAAUAACGCUGGUCAUGGCGAACCCUUUACCCCAGCCGUUGUUCACAAGAGCAAACAAAAACCGUAAUCUAAUAAAUCUCUCCGCGUUAAUAGUGGCCAUUCUGUGCGCAGCACACACCACACACGGAUUGAUGCAAACAGGGGUUGAGAUCAUCCACGCUGCGCUAUGUCACAGCUUGCAGUAAAUUAUUGUGUGUAGUUACGAUCAACCUAUUUUACAUCGGACAUCAUCCCGCGGUCAACAAACGGUCCCGGUCGAGGUCACGUUCUGCAAGGGUUGUUUCGCACCGCGGGGAAGCUUACAGGGGAGAGCAGGAUAAAAUGCUUUUCGCAUGGGAAACGCGAUUCAAAUGACUAUUCCGGAUCGCCACACCUCGUGAUCGAGUAUAGUCCCCUGCACAAUUGUAACAAAGUAAACAUUUCAUCAAGUUCGAUUUACUGCGCUGGCCUGCACGUAGGUAUAUUUCUAUCCUACUUAAACGUUAAUGAUUGGCGUUUCGAUCGGUGUCGGAUCAAACGAGAAUCGCUCUUUGUGGAUAUUUGUUGACAAUAACUCUUGCUGUAUGUUAUCCACUUGCCGUGAAGUACAUCAUGUUUUGCUUUUAUUUUACCGAGAGAAAUUCUAGGGCAACGCUUAUUUCUGUUUUUAAAACGCAUAACAAAGGUCGAAAAAGUCAACCGUACUAUUGUAUCAGUCAUUAUGGCUCUUAAAGAGUCCUUUUUCAAAGCAAGGUAUUUUUUCGUUAUUUUAAUCAAUGACUGUCGUAAAUGAUAGGAGGCUAAGUCAAAAGAAAAAAAAAAACAAUGUGGUACUAAUAACAAGCAAGCGAAGCAAAGCUUUGGCUGUUUAGAAAUAAUGUAGGUAUUGCAGCGUCACAUCACUGAAAAGAGUUAAUCUCAGCAAUUGUACUCUAUAUAGUUGUCUUAAUCAUACAAAGUCAAUAGAUUGGAUUCCGUAAGGAUAUAUCCUGUUGAAAGAUAGAUGAUUGUUACAUAAUAUUUGUAAUAUUACACUCACAUAGUUAUGUUCAAUAUACCAUCACAAACAAUAAAGAUGUCUAGCUUUUGUUUCACAUGA